GUUAAAACUUUUUAAUGUGAAGUCAAUUUAGAAAAAGUCUCAGCAAUUGUUAAUAUAAAUGGCGCUGAAAGGGACCAAGGUGUUGGAACUGGUUGGCUUAGCGCCGGCACCUUUUUGUGGGCUACUUCUCAGUGACUUUGGCGCUCAAGUUCUUCGGAUCGAUCGGCCCCAUAACAGACAACCGGAUUGCCUAAAAAGAGGCAAAAAAUCCAUUUUCAUUGAUUUGAAGUCAAGUAAAGGCAAAGAAAUUAUGAAGAAAUUGAGUGAAUCGGCGGAUGUAGUGAUAGAGCCCUUCAGACCCGGAGUUAUGGAAGCGUUAAGUUUGGGUCCAAAAGAUCUGAUGGCAACCAAUGAAAAGCUAAUAUACGCGCGGAUGACAGGUUAUGGUCAGAGCGGGUCAUUGGCUAAAAGAGCCGGUCAUGACAUCAACUACUUGGCCAUCGCUGGCAUUCUGUCAAAAUUAGGCCCAAAGGACACGCCGUCGCCUCCCAUUAAUAUUUUGGGAGACUUUGCAGGCGGUGGACUUCUUUGCGCUUUUGGUAUUUGUUUGGCUCUUCUCGAGCGGACUCGUUCAGGAAUGGGACAAGUGAUUGACGCUAAUAUCACCGAAGGAUCAGCUUAUGUUUCCCAAUAUAUUUGGCACUCAAUGUCCGCCAAUUCCCCGAUUCGAGACCUACUUUGGCCACAACAGCAACAGAGGGCCAGUAAUUUACUGGACGGAGGGGCGCCUUUCUAUAGGUGCUAUCGCACCAAAGAUGACAAAUACAUAGCUGUCGGCGCUCUUGAGCCACAGUUUUACGACCUAUUGAUGUCUACCAUUGGGUUGGAUUUGGAUCAGUACAACAGAUAUGAUAUCAACCAAUGGAGUGAAUUGACUGACAAAUUGAGUGAAACUUUUGCUACAAAAACGCAAACAGAAUGGACUCAAGUGUUCGAAGGAGUGGACGCCUGUGUCACUCCUGUCCUCGACUUUCAUUCAGUCCAUCACUUCCCACACAAUAAGAGCAGAGAGUCCUUCUUCAGCGAUGGGACGCCUAAGCCGUCGCCAAUACUUUCACGAACGCCAGCCCUUCCUAACGAAGAUUCCGGCGAUAAUGUUGUCACCAAAGAAGUGCUCUUAGAAUUGGGUUAUUCUGAGAAUGAGAUCAACCAUUUGGCAGCAGAUAAUGUCAUUGAAAUGGAGACAUAUUCAUCAAAAUUAUAAUCAAUGACUCAAUAUAUUAGAAUUUCAUAAGAAUUUAACUUUAUUGUUAAACAAGUUAUAAAAUAAAUUUAUAAUUAUUAAAUAUAUAAUUUUUAACAAAUCAUAAAA